UAAAAAUCUCGGAGCGCCCUCAGAGCGGCGACGCAGACUCUCGGAAGGUGGCGUUCCCCCAUAAAAUAUCAUCUCUCGCGCUUCGCUUCCUGCUCUCGUCGAGACGUCGAAGCCGCUCCAGACGCCGUCCGGGUGUACCUGGAUACAAGCUUCGUCUCGAAAUGCGGAGGAGAUCCCGUCAGCGCUGAGCCGUGUUGUGCCGGUUUCGAUGAGGAGGGAUUGUUGGAAGACUGGAGAGAUGUAUUCCAAUGGGUGCAACGUACAGAGAAGCUCUGCAGAGCUUGUGAAAUCUCGUACUGCCAAACUUUGCAAAUGAAUUUGCAGUAAAGAUUAGGUACAAAAGUAGGAGCAUUAGAGAAUAAUCAAGAUGACAUCCUACCUGGUGCUGUGCGUUGCCGUAUUGGCAAUCAUGUCAGGUUGCACUGCAGUGAUGGACGAGAAGCUGUCCAACACUGUGCCCAAGUGUCAGUUUGGUAAAUCCCCGAGGAGGCAGAUAGAUGUGAUGCCUCUGAAUGGAGUCUGUUUGAGAGAUAUGGUGGUGCAUCUUUCCAAGAAUCUACAUAAACUUACAGAUGACGAGCUUGGAGUUAGCAAAUUCCAAGGAAUGCUGGAUAAGCUUGAAUUUGUUGACUCCAUCACUACAUUGAACAGCAGACUGAACGAUUUGUCUAAGGGCUUCAAUGAUAAGCUUAAGAGAUAUACCGAUUUGCUGAGAGAUAGCAAUAGUGUAAUACAACCAAUACUAUUGAAACAGGGCCAGGACAUCUAUUCCACUAGUCAGAGAUCAGAUAAUUCAAAUAGAGCUGCUGACGUCUGCUCCAAAAUUACAGAUGCUCUUGCCAUGAAUCUUCGUAAUAAAGAUUGGAAGAGCUUGCACAUAUUACCAGUGAGCCAACCAGGCACAAUGUGCGGUCCCCCCAGUUUAGCUCAUAAUAUUGGCCCAUUGCUUCUCUCGCAAUGCAACCGCUCUAAAAACGUGAUGCUUCUGCUGGAACAGAGCUCCGAAUUCAUGUCGGAAGAGGACGUGACACUGGCUCAGAUCACGGCCAAGACGAUCGUGCACAUGUUGACGGAAAGCGACCGAGUAAGUGUUGUAGGUCUAGCAGCAGGCGGUUCAGCCCUUUGUCCGGAGCAAGGUCUGUCCCACGUCACUGACGUUCACAAGAUAAGACUCGACAGGCACGUUGACUCGCUCGUUCGGUCUACGGUCAAUCAAAGUUUCACUCUCGACCUUCGGCCGCUUGUUAAAGAAGCCAAGGGCGACUUGGUGCUCAUACACUUGACGAACAAUAUGAAGGACUUGUCGAACGUCAAGGGUAUUGCUGAGGGAUUGAAAAGGGACAAUCUCACCGUUCAUCAGAGAACUAUUUUAAUACUAUCGAAUCAGCAACCGCGCGUUAACGUUAAGGAGUUUUCGGCGAACGGGACUGUGAUCACACUGCCCACGCAGCACGUUCUUGGAUACGAGAUCGCGAGAUUAUUUGCAGGACUAAAGUGUAACAAGGAAGACGUGAAACCGUACUAUUUGUCGGAGCCGUACUUCGAGCCCUACAGCAAGGCGAUGAUGCUGUCAGUGGGCCAGAUCACUAAUACGGCGUUGCUUUCGUUUGACGUGAAACUGCGAGACUUCGUCGAAGAUAUAACUUAUUUCGAGGCUGGUGCUCAUCAGGUGCGAGCAUUGCUUGUCGACAAAAGGGGUACACUCUGGAUGCACAAAAAUUUCCCGAGAAUGGAAACCAUCGUCGAGCAGCCACUAAAAGUCUAUUUGCAUGACUUGGAAAAUCUUGACGAAAAGACUAUGAUCAGAACGGGAAUGGCAGAUCAACCCGAGGGAAUGGUGGAAGUAAAAAGUCAGUUAGGCAUAAAGAAACAGCUACAUUGGCGUCACUUAACGUAUCCGGACUUGAUCGUCUGCCUGGUAGUCUCGCGUCUCGACGAGGAUGCAACGCGUCAACCACUAGUCCGAUCGCCACCUACUCUACCCUCCGGUAUUCUGCACCAUCGUUUGGAUUUGGCGCUCGGUGCGAAUGUCCGCCGCGACAGUCUCUGCACUUACAACAGCAAUCGUAUUGCUACCCUCGACGCCGGAGUCGUCUACUUAUCACCCUGGUGCUUUAAGUCACCGGCUGAACAGGCAAAGCAGUUGGCUGCUGCGCCCGCUGUCACCGUGCAGAGUUAUAUGGCGUACAUAAAGGAUUUGACUAGGUUACUCACCAAUCCUGGCAUGCAGGAGAGCGUCAAAGCUGACGUAGCUGUGCUCGCUCAGAUACUGGAGCAUUUCAAAGAGAGACACUCGCAGAGUCCGUUGCACAAGUUCAUCGUUCAGAGAUACGUGACAUCGGUAAAUAGUGGAGUCCUGGAACUCUAUCCAGGCCUGGUCCUGGAUUCGGAUCUGGAUCCGAAGCGUCGUGUAUGGUACGUGAAAGCUCUGGAGCAGCCGGGUCGCCUAGUUCUUAGCCCACCGUACCUCGAUGCAGGUGGGUCUGGCUUCGUUGUCAGUUUGAGUCAAGUCGUGCACGAAGGCCGCUCUGUAGGAUUGCACACGAGCACCGAUCCCGUGGUAGCUGUGAUGGCAAUGGACGUGACAAUGGGCUAUUUAUCGCGUAUGCUGAACGACAUGUUUCCACUGUGUGCCGAAACUAACGUCAAGUGCUUCCUUAUGGAUGACAAGGGCUAUCUCGUGUUCCACCCGUCGCUUCUCAAGGCGGCUAGCAAAGUUGAGAACCAGCACUUGACUAACAAGGAGCUCCUCGUUGCCAAUGACAUUUUGAAUCACGAGUUCUUCGUCAACAAGAAGAUGUGCGCCAGUCAUAUGGAUGGUACUACCCAGAGGUAUUACCAGUUCAACAUAUCGCUCGACGAAGUCCUCACUAAUAUCGUGCAUGGCGAGCACUGCGUCAAGUACCAGUUGGCCGUGGUACCCGGCACCAACGUUUUCCUUGGCGUCGUCAACAUCACAUGCAGCUCGAUCAGUGCCUUCUGUCCUUGCAGCACGAUGGAUCGUUCGUGUCUCAACUGUAAGCGCAUGGAACAGACGGAUUGUGAGUGCCCUUGUGAGUGCUCUCUGUACUCAAGCGAGUGCCAGUUACGCGAGGACAGCGCCUCGGCGGAGAUGGAACCGUGCCCAGCACCGCAGGAACAAGGCUCAAGUCUGACCUCACCUUGGAUUCAAACAGUAAAUGCGCUUAAAUCCUGUCAGCCGUUUAGCUGCAAAGCUUUCGCGACCAAGGCUGAGUGUCUUGGUCUCGUUGGUUGUCAGUGGUGCGAGAUCGACAGCGACGCUGAAACGCAACUGCAGGAGCCUUUCUGUUCCGAUGUCGCUGUCUGUUUCAAAGGCACCUUCGGUUCGCCUAUUCCCUACGGGGAUGGGGCCUACAACUCGCAAUCGCCAGAGGAGAUAAUGUCCCGCGAGUGGCCUUCGGUUGGUCCGGUAGCUGGUGGAAUCUUAGCAUUCGUCUUGGUGCUCGGAGUUGCACUUUUCUGCUACAGACUGCGCUCAGUGCACACUGGUCUAGAACACCAGUGCCUGCACAAUCACAACUCCCCAGAUACGCUGCGUAUGACUCACCUGGACUGUGAUCUCGAGCCGGCUGAUCUUGAGCGCGAGCCCAAGCCUAGUAUGGAUUCGGCCCUGCUUCGUGAUGUUAUUGCACCUAUUUCGCCGUAUCGAGUUUCCACAAAUUACAGGAGACCUCCAGGCGGCGACAGCGACCAUGGUUAUAGUACGAUGACCCCUCACGACGACUCGGAACAACAAAAUUUCUCGGAGCCGCUCCUCGUACUAGCGGGCAACUCCAAGGACAUAUGUGGUGUAGUUCCCUCGACGAGCACCGCCACCCUAGAUUCGCCAGCCACUUCGACUUCGACGACUGGUACCAUUGUAGCGCCGCCUUCGCCAACUACCAACCUCGGAUCUCCACACCGUGUUAUCGCCGCGGUUGACGUACACCGCGACAUGGACACCAAUUACUGCUAGCCAAUUAGCUAAUUUUUUUCUUUAAAAUUGGGAUUGAGCAGUAUUAAGUGACUUGCCGCGCAGUCGAGAUGCCAUGAGGUGCACUAAGUGCACAAGACUUUCUAUAUCCUCUUAUCGGUUGAUGUAUCCGCGUAUACUUUAAGGGAAUUUGUAUAAUCAGUUUUUUGAGUAGUUUUAAUGCGUUGGAAUAAUUUUAUCGUGAUACUAAUCCAUUUUAAUUUAGGCGUUUACUUUCAAGAAGUUUUGUCGUGUAAAACUCUUAACUGUGAAUGUCUUACAAAACUAUUUUGUAUACGAAAUUCGAUUGGUGAUUUUAAUAUUUUUAUGUAGACUUAGAGAUUAAUCCUAUUUUAUCGCAACUAUAUGACGAAAUCAAUUUCACAGAAUCAUUGUAAUUUUUUUACUUUUUUAAUUUUCUAUACAAACGAUUUUAGAAACGUGAAAAAGAAAGCUAGAAAUUUCGAAGCGUACUUACGUUUUAAUAAAACAUAUACAUAUAUUACUCGUAAGAAAGUAUGAUAGCGCCCAAAGUGAAAGUUUGUCUUCCAAAAUUUGAGACGAAGUAUCUCGUUUGACAAACGCGUCCAGUGAUAAAGUAAUAAUUCGCUUUGUAUGACUUCAAAACUGUCCGCCGUAUGUCAACCUUCCCGCGAAAGACAACUCGUUCAAAGCAGCAAUAUACGUGUGCCGCUUUUGUAGAGGAACAAAUUAUGUACAAUGAACAAAACUAUCCAUCAACAAAUAGUAACGUAAAAGACUGCAAAACUUCAUUGCCACUCUAUACAAGAAAAACAAAAAGACUUUUUGUGCAUUUACAUGAGUUUUCUAAAUUUUUUAAGGAAUACUCCGACAUAUGCAGUUGCAUUUUUAUAGACACAUUUAUCUCCAUACAUCACAACGACAGUGCAAUCGAACGAUCAGACGAUGAUCGUUCAUUUAAAUUUUAAGGAUAGAAAAAGCAGUUGUGGGUAGAGUAUAAAUGAAUGAAAAUAGUAAAAAAAAUGCAUCGUUUGCAUGCCAAUAAAUAACGAAUGAGAACACGCAAGCAAGUUUUUUUAGAUAUUUUUACAACCAAUUAAAAUAAUGGUUCAACCGUAGUUCAAAAAUAUAUACUCUCAUAACUGCUUAGCCAAAUAAACAUAUAUGUAAAGUCCAUUUGCACAAUAAACAUGCACGCACACGAAAUUCGGUACGUAAUCAUUUAUAUUAAAGUAAGAAAGAAGAAGUACUCGGCUUUAUAGUAUUUUGUUAGUCACUUACUAUAAGUACACUGGCGCAUUUAAAACGUGUAUGCACUUUUUAUGUAUCAAAUUUUUUUUUCGCAAGCAUAUCGAAAACUGCGAGAAAAAAGGUAUAUGAUUAUACUCGUUUAGUAGAUUUUUAAAUGAGAGCAGCAAAAAAUAGUUAUAGAUAAGGAAUUUAUAUAAAAAUAAGAAUGAAAUUGUAAGCGAAAGUAAUAACAAUGUGCCGAUCUUUGUUAGGGGUUUUAUUCUAUCUGUUUUAUCUGUUUUUAGUAAAGCGUAGUGCAAAUCGCAAGUACAAAAAUGAAGACAAUUUUUAACAAAAAAAAAAUGUGAUACCGUAGGUAAAGUCGUAAGUGAAGUUCAUUCGAAAAUGAAGGAAAUCGACAUUAUAUCACACUUUUGGCUGGUAGAGAUUGAGAUGUUCAAAAGGAAGUGGCAUUUUAGUUUAUGUGAAAGAGUUGAUUGUUACGAAAAUCGAUAAAACAGAGAAACUCCCUCGUACGUUAAAAGAAAAAAAAAUAUAUAUAAAACGCCCCUUUCACAUAUUCGCAGUGCCAAAGUACUUUAAAAGCAAAAAUGUAUUCGUCGAAACAUAUUUUUCUAUGUAUAGCAUUGUCCAUUUGUAUGAGUGUGCGGCGCGAGUAGCACGUAUAAAAUAAAAACCCCGUAUUUACGAGGCAAAGUGUUAUCGUAUAUGAUAAAUGAAAAUUUUAUAUGUAUAUUAUAUACAAAGCAUAAAUAUUAUAUAUAUUAUAUACAAAUCUUAGAUGAUAUAUAACGAUGCGAAGUAUUAAUUAUGUACGUUGAAUCCAACAAAUUUUUACACAUCCUGACAAAACACAUCGUACGGGUAUAUCGAGUAUUUGUCGAUAUCAUCGAGCGUACCCCCGUUGCACGUGCCCAUGUCGUUCUAUAUCAAUAAAACAUAGAAAUAUAACGUUUAAGUGAACAUGUACCGGCCUGAACAUGGUAUUAUCCGAGCAGAAUGUAUAACACAUAAGACUUGCCAAUACUUUAGCGAUGAGCGCUGCAGGAACGUUUUUCCGCCUCUGCCUUUCUCAUCGCUAAACGUAUCGAUAAUAAUGGUAAUAGUAAUAAUAAUACAAUAAGCGAUAAUCGAAAUGCCUCACAAUAUCAACGUAGAUUAGCGAUCACCAGUUAUAGGUACAUAUGAAUACAUAAAUUACGUAAUUCUCAGCUUUAGGAGUAUGAUUUUGUCCUCACAAUCGUUCGCGGACUACCUAUUAUACUUGUAAGCCUGCGUUUACUCCACUGUUGCAGUAACGUGUGAUUUUGAAUCGUUUCUUUUCUUUUACAUACACUUACACAUCGACUCCGUCACUUUGGAAUUUUCGAUUCAGAGUUUACUAUAUGGUUAAAAUAUUAUUAUAUAAUUAAUUGUUGUACAUAAACUUAAUAAUGAUAUACACACAAUAAAAGUGAAGUUAUAAUUGUGAAUCAAUAAA